AUGUUCGCAGAUGAAAAGACGUGUGGACCUCAUGAAUUCCGCUGCGAGAAUAACAACUGCAUCCCGGACCACUGGAGGUGCGACAGCCAGAACGACUGCGGAGACAACUCGGAUGAACGCAACUGCAAGCCAGUCACGUGUAACCACAAGGACUUCGCCUGCGCCAACGGAGACUGCAUCUCGUCCAGGUUUAGGUGUGAUGGGGACUACGACUGUCUGGACAAUUCAGAUGAGAAAGGAUGUGAGGCGCAUUGUGCUGAGGACCAGUUUCAAUGCCUCAACAACCUGUGCAUCUCACAGAAGUGGGUCUGCGAUGGACAGGAAGACUGCAAAAUGGGAGAAGACGAAAAGAACUGCCAGGGAACCGCCCCAUCAUGCUCUGUAAACGAGUAUGUGUGUGCGAGUGGGGGCUGUGUGUCGGCCAGCCUCAGAUGUGACGGACACGACAACUGUCUGGACGGAUCUGAUGAGAUUGGCUGUGUGAAGGAGUGCAGAGAAGAUGAGUUUCUGUGUCUGAACCGUGCUCACUGUAUCCCGCGGCGAUGGCGCUGUGAUGAUGUCUUCGACUGCAUGGACCACAGCGAUGAGGAGAACUGCAGCCAAGGAGCAUUUUUCUGCCGCGCUGAUGAGUUCAUCUGUAACAACACUCUGUGUAAACUGCACACUUGGGUGUGCGACGGAAAAGACCACUGUGGAGACAAUUCUGACGAGGACUCAGACAUGUGUGCUAAACUUCCCUGCCCUCCCACUCGGCCGUUCCGCUGCAGGAACGAUCAGGUCUGUCUGCGCUCGGAUCAAGUCUGCAACAAAGUGGACGACUGCGGAGACGGAUCUGACGAGGAGGAGUGUGAAGUGGUUAUUGGUCGACCUCGUCCUUGUGGUAAAACUGAAUUCUCCUGCAGCAACCGUCGCUGCAUCCCGCUCCAGCUGCAGUGUGACCUCUUCAACGACUGCGGAGACGGCGGUUCAGAUGAGCAGGACUGCAAAGCCUUUUCCAGUGGAGAUGUUUGUGGGAAGAAAACAAAUCCUUGUGGUGAGGAUGCCACAUGUAACCAGACCAAUGCUAAUGCGAUCUGCCAGUGCAAACCGGGCUUCAAGAGGAACCAGGAGACAGGACAGUGUGAAGAAACAAAUGAAUGCCUUCAGUUUGAUGCGUGUCCACAUUACUGCACUAACACAAAGGGAGCCUUCAAAUGCACCUGCGACAGAAAUUACAAAGACAUCAAUGGAAACUGUGUCGCUAAAGGACCGGAGGAACGAGUGCUGUACAUCUCCAAUGACACUGAAAUCAGGAGUUUUGUUUACCCCUUUAACCAAAGCCAAGGACACAAGCUGCUCACCCGCAUUGAGGAGAACGCUCGCAUCAUCGGCAUGGACGUUUUAUUUCAUCAACAAAAGUUUAUCUGGGCAACGCAAUUCAACCCCGGUGGAAUUUUCUACAAAGAGUCUCAAGACAGGAGCCAGGCAAAGAGCAAUGUCAGGAAUAUUUGUUCAGACUUCCGCCGACCUCGAGACAUCUCUGCAGACUGGGUCACGGGGAACAUUUACUGGACCGAUCACUCGAGGAUGCACUGGUUCAGCUAUUACACAGCCCACUGGACAAAGUUACGCUACUCCAUAAAUGUGGGCCAGCUAAAGGGCCCCAACUGCACACGCUUAAUCACUGACAUCGCCGGAGAGCCCUAUGCUAUCGUGGUUAACCCAGCCAGAGGGAUGAUGUACUGGAGUGUAAUUGGCGACCACUCUCACAUCGAGGAGUCGGCCAUGGACGGAUCCCUGCGCAGAGUUCUGCUGGAGAAGAAUCUACGGAGACCAACAGGGCUGGCCAUUGAUUUCUUCAAUCAGCGGCUGUACUGGGCCGAUCCGGAGAUGUCUCAUAUUGGGAGUGUGAGGUUUGAUGGAUCUGAUCCUUUGGUCACAAUCAGUGAUAGACACGGCAUUUCACAGCCAUACAGAAUAGACCUGUUUGAAGACUACAUCUAUGGGACUCGGCUCACACAUGAAGUUUUCAAAAUCCACAAAUUUGGCAAACAGUCAGUGGAGUUUCUAAGUUUGGGUGUGGACAAACCCACUAAUGUGUUGAUCUCCCAUCGAUUCAAGCAGCAAGACGCAUCUAACCCGUGUCUGAGGAUGUCCUGUGAUUUCAUGUGUUUGCUGAACCCGACCGGAGCCAGAUGCACCUGCCCCGAGGGGAAGGUACUGGUCAACGGCACCUGCGCAGACAACAGCCUAUCAGGUGAACUGUGUCGUCCCCCGUGUGAGAACGGAGGCCGCUGUCUGACCAAUGAGAAGGGAGACUGGAGGUGCUACUGCUGGCCAGACUUUUCCGGAGAGCGCUGUGAGGUCAACCACUGCUCGGACUACUGCCUGAACGGGGGCACGUGCACGGGCUCGCCACUGGGUAAACCCACGUGUCGCUGCCCCCUCGGCUUCUCCGGGCCGUUCUGUGAGCGCCGCAUCUGUGACAACUUCUGUAUGAACGGUGGAACGUGCGAUGUAACCCAGGGCAACCAGCCGGUGUGCCGCUGCAUGGCCGAGUACACCGGGGAACGCUGCCUUUACCACAUUUGCCACCACUACUGCGUGAACUCCAAGGCCUGCACGUUGUCCAGCAGCGGCUACGUGGAGUGUGUGUGUCCCGCCCGCUUCGAGGGAAACAAGUGCGAGGUGGACAAAUGCUUGCGCUGUCACGGAGCUCCCUGCCUCAUCAACGAAGACACCGGCGAUGUGGUGUGCAACUGCACAAACGGCAGAAUCGCACCCAGCUGUCAACUCUGUGACGGAUAUUGCUACAAUGGCGGCACCUGUCACCUGGACCCUGACACCAACCUGCCUUUCUGUCACUGUACAUCAGGGUUCAAGAAUCAGCGUUGUGACGAGCUGGCCAACCCCUGCGAUUACUUCUGUCAAAACGAGGGAAUUUGCACAUUAACCGCGCUUAACAAACCUCGCUGCAAAUGCUCCGCUAACUGGGCCGGGACGCAGUGUGAGAGACCUGCCCCCAAAAGCAGCAAAUCAGACAACACCAGCGGAGGGAGCAUAGCUAUCAUCGUGCCGCUGGUGCUGCUCGUCAUCCUGAUUGUGAUGGUGGUCGCCGGCGUCUACGUGUGCAAGCAGAGGCAAAGGGGAAAGAGAGUCCAGAGGCAGCCCAUGACCAACGGAGGCAUCAACGUGGAGAUCGGAAACCCCUCGUACAACAUGUAUGAGGUGGACCACGACAACCACGCGGACGCCGGCAGUCUGCUGAGACCAAACUUCACGCUGGACCCUCACAAGCCCUUGAACUACUCCAAUCCAGUGUAUGCAAAGAUUUACCUGGACGGGCAAAACUGUCGAAAGCCAGUCCUCAGUAUUGACGAGAGGAGAGAGCUACUCCCAAAGAAACUCGAGGGGACAAUUCAUGAAACCGCCGCAUAG